ACACACACCCAUUUGCCUUUGGCUGUAUAUUUGCAGGGUGUUCCCCCUCUCGUGAAUAUACCGCGUAAAUCCUCGAGAUGUUGGCCACAGAUCACCAUCUCUAUUACCUGCUACGGUCUUAGGACCAUGCCCUCACACAAAAGGAAAGAAUAUUAUCAGUUUUGAUUUUGAUCGUCGAUCAGAGAUAUAUCAAAUUGAGAGUUCUUAUAAAAACAUUAAGUAAAAGUUACAAACGAUCACUUUGGAAUCGUAUGACAUCUCAACAGAUCUAAUCACGCGAUAUUUUUAACCGGAUGUAGCUACAGCUUUCUUCAUCUAAAAAUGAGGUGAUAUAACGACACGCUUCAGACUUCGUAGUUAUAAGACUUUCUUAUCAGUGUCUCAUCCAGGACUCACAUCUACCUGUUGAUAACAAUAUUCCGCGAGAUAUUUAUUAUCAUUCCAUGAUCGGCGUGUAUAGCCGCUUUAUCGUGCAACAUCGUAACAUCGUGUAACGUAAAAUGGAAGUAUCUGUAUCCUGUGUGCUGACUGCUCUCAUGGUAAUAUUCUGUGCAAUCUUUUCUCCAUCUCACUCAUUCAACGUGACGGCUAAUGAUACAAACGUAUGCAAUACCACCCAAACGUACAUAGUAACAUAUCGUACCCCUCAAUCUCGGAGCGAGCGGUACACUGAAUAUUGUAACUGGUGGUCCUGGAGGGAAUGUUCUUACUACAGGAUAGUUUACAAGCUCGUGUCAACUUUACACCAAGUUAAUAGAUCUGCGCUUACAUGUUGUGAUGGUUGGAUUUAUUCAAAUACAACAAAUGCCUGUGAUAUUCCCCUGUGUGAUCCUGUAUGCAUUGAAGGACAUGGUGUUUGUACGGCGCCUGGUAACUGCUCCUGCGGCCCUGGUUUCGUCGGCUCUCGAUGCGAGCUGAUAUGUCCUUCGGGUACAUUCGGCCAGAACUGCAGUCAGAAUUGCUCUUGUGCUGGUGAUGGUCCGUGUCAUCAUGUCACCGGGGAAUGCACCUGUUCACCAGGGCGGAUGGGAGUGGACUGCAAUGAAACCUGCCCGGAAGGGACAUAUGGUGCCAACUGCUCAUUCUCUUGUCUUUGUCGGAAUGAUACUACUCAGUCAUGUGACCCUGCUAAUGGGCUUUGUAGUUGCAAGCCUGGAUGGACAGGUUCAAUCUGCAAUGAAAGUUGUCCACCAGGAACAUAUGGACCAGAUUGCAGUCUUCGAUGCUCUUGCUCUCAUGGCGGUACAUGUCAGGCAAUGAAUGGAUCCUGCAUUUGCGGAACUGGGUGGACUGGCAUCCAGUGUGAUACACCAUGUCCGGCUGGAUUUCAUGGUCCAGGAUGCCAACAUCAAUGUGAUUGUGCCGGCGGAGGAUCGUGUGAUCGAUUUACAGGACUAUGUUCUUGUGAUGUUGGACUUCAAGGACCUAACUGCAAUGAGACGUGUGAUCCUAAUUUUUAUGGACUGAAUUGCUUCAAUCGAUGUUCCUGUGAAAAUGGUGGCUUAUGUGAACCUAUUAAUGGAACAUGUAAGUGUGCAACUGGAUGGCAGGGCGAAUCAUGUGACCAGCCAUGUCCAAGAGGGACCUACGGAAUCAACUGUCAAUCACCCUGUCUCUGUCGCAACGACGGAUCGUGCAAUCACAUUACCGGAGUGUGCACAUGCUCGGCCGGAUUCAUGGGAGCGACUUGUGAGAGUCAGUGUGCGGAGGGGACCUACGGUGUUGGAUGCUCUGAGAGAUGUGAAUGCCAAAAUGGUGGUAACUGUAGCCAUGUUGAUGGUAGUUGUUCAUGUGCAGAAGGCUACAGAGGAAUCUUUUGUUCCAUGCUCUGCCAAGAUGGAUAUUAUGGAAGCAACUGCUCAUCUCGCUGUACCUGCACACACGGGGACUGUAAUCACAUGACUGGCCUAUGUGAUGUAUGUAGACCUGGAUGGGAAGGAGACCUUUGUGAUCAAAGAUGUGUAGAGGGUUACUACGGUGACCAAUGUAACCAGACUUGCCAAUGCCAGAACGAAGGGCGGUGCAACCAUGUCAAUGGAACAUGUACCUGUUUGAGUGGAUGGAUGGGUGAGGUGUGCAGUGAUCCAUGUCCAGCCGGUACCUAUGGGCAGGAGUGCCUAUUCCAAUGUGCCUGCUCCAAUGGAGGGACUUGUAGAGCUGAUAACGGGGAAUGUAUGUGCCCCCCUGGAUACCAAGGAUUUUUCUGUGAAAAUCCAUGUGUAGAAAAUUAUUAUGGCCAAGGUUGUCUUGAGCAAUGCAAUUGCGAGAACGAUGCUGCUUGUGAUCAUGUUACUGGGAACUGUACCUGUCUCCCUGGAUGGGAUGGUCCAUUCUGUGCAGAGUCAUGUCCAUCUGGUUACUUUGGCGAUAGAUGCCAUCAGGAGUGUAGGUGUGGAAACCACUCUUCGUUCUGUAAUCCUUUGACUGGUGCCUGCACAUGUACAAGUGGAUGGCUUGGUGAAUCAUGUGAUAUUCCUUGUCCAAAUGGUUAUUAUGGAAUGAAUUGUCUGUUGAGAUGUAUGUGUGAAAACGAUGGACAAUGUGAUCCUACCACUGGAGAUUGCAGCUGUCUUGAUGGAUUCUUUGGACUAUUCUGUGGUUCUGACUGCCAUGUCUUAGAAGGUAACUGGUAUGGCCAAGAUUGCUCUGAACCUUGCCCUUGUGAGAAUGGAGCUUACUGUGAUCAUCGAGACGGGAGCUGUACAUGCGAACCAGGAUGGAGUGGAGAACACUGCCAAGACCCUUGCUCCAUUGGAUUCUUUGGCAUAGGAUGUAACUCCUCUUGUGAAUGCGAGAAUGGGGGCAUCUGUGAUCAUGUGACAGGGAACUGUGAUUGCAUGGAUGGAUACAUUGGGGACAGAUGUCAAGAAACAUGCCCAGAAAAUUAUUAUGGACGUAGGUGCAGUCAGCCAUGUGACUGCCACAAUGAUGGCUCAUGCGAUGGUUUUACAGGUGACUGCACGUGUGCUUCAGGUUACACAGGGAAAUCUUGCAGUCAAGUUUGCCCCAAUGGAACCUAUGGCCUUUCUUGCUCAGAGAACUGUCAAUGUGCAGACAACGCUAUCUGCUCACACACUGAUGGUACCUGCAUAUGUGGGGCUGGUUUCACAGGCCCCUUGUGUCAAGAGCCAUGCCCUGAAGGAAAAUUUGGAGCUAAUUGCUCUCUUACAUGCCGUUGUGUAAACGGUGAAUGUGAUGGUGUCACUGGAAGAUGUAGUUGCUUGGCUGGAUGGAAAGGGUCUACGUGUGAAUCUCACUGUGAUUUUGGUUAUUAUGGUUUAGGUUGUAUGGAACUGUGCCUUUGUGAAAAUGGUGCCUUUUGCAACAAUACAAAUGGCAACUGUACCUGUGCUAAUGGCUGGCAAGGUGGUGUCUGCAGUGAACCAUGUGAACUAGGAUUCUAUGGUAACAAUUGUCAAGAAGUUUGCUCCUGUGAAAAUGGAGCUUACUGUGAUCAUGUGAGCGGAGUGUGUCACUGUUUGCCAGGAUAUAUUGGAGACCAUUGUGAGGAUACCUGCCAAAACGGAUAUUAUGGAUCAAGAUGUAGCAGUGUUUGUGCAUGUCAGAAUGGAGGAGUAUGUGAACACACCAAUGGAACAUGUCAUUGUCCUGCUGGAUUCUAUGGCCCUUUAUGUGAACUCCAAUGUCCUCAAGGAUUUCAUGGUGUUGGUUGCCAGUUAGAUUGCCAGUGCCAGAACAAUGCCACAUGUGAUCAUGUGACCGGAGCCUGCCAAUGUCGACCAGGGUAUAUCGGUGCACUCUGCGAGACACCGUGUCAAAAUGGGCACUAUGGUGACCGAUGCAAAGAGCAGUGCCAGUGUUUUCAUAACAGCUCCUGUGAUCAUGAGACUGGGGUCUGCAUAUGUGCCAAAGGUUACAUCGGUGACAUGUGUCAGCAUCCAUGCCCAAGACCUGACCUUUAUUUUGGUCGGAAAUGUGAGGAGCCAUGCAUUUGUCCACUUGGAGGUCUCUGCCAUCAUGUGACUGGUGUGUGUCUUUGUGAAACGCUUGGUGAUGGAUCCGGAGCUGCUUGUAGUGAACCAUGUGAUGAUGGUUACUAUGGCAAUGCUUGUAGGAUGCAGUGUUACUGUCAGAACGGAGCAUCUUGUGAUAGAGUGACAGGAGACUGUAGCUGUACACCAGGCUGGAUAGGAGAACACUGCACAGAUCCAUGCCUCCCUGGGUACUUUGGUCAAGACUGCGCCUCAAUCUGUAGAUGCAAGAAUGGUGGUACCUGCGACCAGAUGUCAGGUAGAUGCACCUGUGCUCCAGGUUGGAAAGGACCUAACUGUGAGAGUGAGUGCAAUGAAGGAACAUAUGGAGUCAACUGCAAUUCAACUUGUACCUGUCAGCAUGGUGGACUUUGUGAUCAUGUUACUGGGGAUUGCACCUGUCUUCCAGGUUACCAGGGAGUCCACUGCGAAAGACUCUGUGAUGAAGGAUUCUAUGGAGUUCUAUGUCAGGAAAGCUGUCUUUGUGUAAAUAAUGGUGUAUGUAAUCCCAUGAAUGGCUCAUGCUCCUGUCCACCCGGAUACAGGGGAAGGUUAUGCGAGUACCAGUGCCCAGUUGGAACCUAUGGGCAGGACUGCAGUAAACUCUGCAAUUGCCAUAAUGGUGGUACCUGUGACUUUCGUACUGGGAAAUGUACAUGUAGUCCAGGCUGGCGGGGUGAUCAUUGUGAGUAUGAAUGCCAAGGUGGUUGGUAUGGAUACGAGUGCAGUGAUAGAUGUGCCUGUACCAAUGGAGCAUCCUGUCACCAUGUCACUGGAGAAUGCACCUGUUUGGCUGGAUGGAUGGGAGAUUACUGCAAUGUGCAGUGUCCAGAAGGAUUGUAUGGUCUUGGCUGCAACAGCACCUGCCAAUGUCAGAAUGAUGGUGUAUGCAAUAGGAUCACUGGGUUCUGUGACUGCACAGAUGGUUGGCGUGGAACCUUUUGUAGCCUACCUUGUCACCAGGGAUGGUUUGGUAGUGGGUGCUUGGACCGUUGUGAUUGCCUGAAUGGAGCUGUUUGUGACCAUGUUACUGGUGUCUGUAGCUGUACACCUGGCUGGCAGGGGGUAAACUGUGCCACAUCCUGCGACUUGUGGCAGUAUGGCAGUUACUGCAACCAUACUUGCCAUUGUGAUGAUUCAUCAUCUGCCUCCUGUAAUCCCAUAUCAGGGUUGUGUGAGUGUAUGCCAGGGUGGAUUGGAAGGACUUGUAGUGAUCCAUGUCCCUCUGGAUUCUUCGGACGAGAUUGCGGGAUGAACUGUGGUUGUGAAAACGGGGCCACUUGUGAUCCCGUCGAUGGGUCAUGUAACUGUAAGCCUGGAUUCAGAGGUGUGUUUUGUGAAAAGAUGUGCUUGGAUAACACAUAUGGAAGUGGGUGUAUCAAUACAUGUAACUGUGUGAAUUCUUAUUCCUGCUCUCCUUUCACUGGUGAGUGUUUGUGUUGGCCUGGAUGGACUGGUGAGAGAUGUGAUCAACAAUGUCCUCAGGGUUCUUACGGUGAUGGUUGUAACUACACCUGUGAUUGCUUGGUUGGAGAUGACUGUGACCCUGUCAGAGGCAGAUGCAACUGUUCAUCAGAUUCUGAACCACUUUGUCAAAAUGGUGCUAUCUGCAAUGGUCAUUCCUGUUCUUGCUCUGCUGGAUGGAUGGGAGACCAGUGUGAGACACCAUGUCCUAUCGGCCAAUAUGGGGAGGAUUGCAAUCAGGAAUGUUCCUGUCAGAAUGGUGCUAGCUGUGACAGGUUCAAUGGGGAGUGUUCAUGCCAACCAGGCUGGGUAGGUCCCUACUGCACUAGACUUUGUCCUGAUGGCUUCUAUGGGCAGUGGUGUCGCCUACCAUGUGCUUGUGCUAAUGGUGGUUCAUGCAAUCAUGUAUCAGGUGAGUGUGUCUGUGCUCCUGGAUUCACUGGGGAUCAUUGUGAAGAGUCAUGUCCAGCUGGAACAUAUGGUCUCCAAUGUCUGUCAACUUGCUCAUGCCUAAAUGGAGGCAUAUGCCAUGGGACAACGGGUGAUUGCAUCUGCCAAGCAGGCUGGGAGGGGCCAACAUGCUCGAGCCCUUGUUCGUCAAGAUACUAUGGAAAUCUCUGCAUGGAAGAGUGCCAGUGUCAGAAUGGUGCCCUCUGUGACCAUGUUGAUGGCUCGUGUACCUGUGGUAAUGGUUGGCUUGGGGCUUAUUGUGAUAUCCCCUGUGAUGAUGGUACCUAUGGGCCAAACUGCCACAUGACAUGUUCCCACUGCCCACAGUAUCGUUGUGCAAACACUGAUGGAAGGUGCCUUCUGCUAGAGUGUCAACCAGGACAGUGGGGACAGGAUUGUGAGCAUGUCUGUCUGUGUAGGAAUGAUGGAGCAUGCAAUAGGCUGAAUGGAACUUGUUACUGCCCUGCAGGUUUCAUUGGAGACUUUUGUGAAUAUGAAUUCUUCCCCAUAGAAGAUGAUAUCAAUGAUUCUGAUCAAGUCAUUAAUGUCAGUCCUAAAAAGAGGACAGGUUCUGUGCCAAAAUUGACAGUAUCGGUUUCCUGUAUUGUCCUUAUUCUUGUAAUCAUUGCGGUCGUAGCUGUGGUAAUUUGGUACAAAAGAAAAAACAGGGGAGCCUACAGAAUUGAAGACCCGUUAUAUGUGAUGGGAACAGGUGGCAAUGACAGCCCCAUUAGUGAACAAGUUCAAAUGUCAACGAUGGAGUCUGUCACUAGUACAGGAUCAUUCAAUACAAGUGAUGAGAGACAGUUGAUUGAUGAUACAUCAACAGGAGAGAAGGAUGUGUCUAGCUCCAAAGAAAACUCAAAAGACCUCAAAGAUGACCCUUCAUUAAGCUUCAAGAAUCCACUCUAUGGGAAUAACAUAUAAGCCAUUCAGGAGCUUCUGAACUUCACAACCAGCUUUUCUCUUUGAAGUCAACCAUAAGAUUUUUAAAUAACUUAUGCACAGCUUUUUUUUGCAGACCUCUAAUAAAGUCCUUAUAAGAAGUAGACACUUUUAUAGAGGCAUUAGCAUGUCAUUUCCGUCAGAUUUUCAUCCAAUGGCUGCCAUCAAUAUUGACAGAUUAAGGAUUUUGCAAGAUUGAUUCAAUGAGUUCAGUCGGUCUCAUUAAAUUUAUUGAAAUGUCUUGCCUAUUACUCACUUAGAAAGGCAAAUUAAAAGUUACCACUGAUAAAUAACACUUAAUGGAUGCAGAUGCAAUAUCAUAUUUUAAAGGCAGUAUUAAUUGUCCGGGAUUUGAAUUCAAAAUCGCUGAUUCAGCUGAUGGUGCAAUCAUAAUUGCAAUUUUUUUUUAGAUCAGACAGGAAUGACCAGAGCUUUAUAAGCCAAGCUGUCAGUUAUUCAUCAAGAUACCUAUGAUGUUGCAAUAAGGAUACCACCAUACCAUUAAUAAUUCUUCCAACAGGCAUGGUCUAUGUAUCUUGUAUGCCUUACUCUUGGUUACCCCAAUGGUCUGAUAGCUGGGUGCUCUCGGAUACACCAUAUGAUUAUCCAUGAUUAUUUGUCAACUAUUAAGUUUGUUAUUGACUAUCUUUUUUUAAAUAGUUCAGAUACGCUGUAUUGUUGAUAAUUUACAAAGGAGAAAUGUAUACAUUAUACCUCUCAUUCUAUCAAAAUCAUAUUUUCUCUACUUUUCAUAAAAUUAAUUUAUCCAUUUAAGGUGGAACUGCAUAUGGACAAUGAAUAAGUGAGCGACUGCACUUUUUCAAAUUCUACCUAAUUUUGGUCCUUACGUUCAGUUUAUUUCUCCAAAUGCAUCAACAAAAGUUGAUUGGUCAAGUGUUUUUGUUCAUUCCAUUAGCUUGUAUAAUUAUAGCUGGUAACUUCCGGGGGUAAUUUGCCUUUGAUAAAAAGUUAUACAAAACAGAUCCUGGGCUGAAUGUAACACAACUUUGUCACUUUACCGUUAGUUGUAUGGAAGAAUGUGAGCUGCCUUGGAAACUAGAUAUUGCUUGGACACAGUAGCGUACGCAGGGGGGUGGUUACAGGUGUUCAACCCCCCCCCCCCCCGAUAUUAUUUUCAAAACUUUUUCUUUUUGCUUGUCAAUUUGUUUUGGGGUAGGAAACGACCUAAAAUUGUUUUUUUAAUUUAUCAACAUUUUAUUCAGCUUGAAAGCCCCCUCAAAAAAUUCCUGCAUACGCUACCGCUUGGAGAUGAUACUAUAACUAUGGGUGUGAUGAAUUGUAACCUGGGGGGGGUAUUCUGACCAUUGUCUUUUCUCAGAGAUAUGACAGAAUCAGCAUUCUGGUGGAUGUCAUAACUUCUGUCAUAAAAAUUGUCAUUAAUGUUGUCUCUUCUCUUUAGCGCGCACCAAAAAUAUGCGGCUCUAAAAUGCGCAUAAUUCCAAUGUACAAGCAAAAGAUAUGACAAAAGUUAUGACAGUGUUCCAGAAUACCACUCUAGAUUUAUACAUGUCCUGUUUAUUGUGUCUAACUUUAUAUGUAAUAUACUGCAGACAUUUUAGUAUCAAGCUGUCUUGUAUAUCUGCAAAAUUUAUAAUGUUAAAAAACAGUACUCAUUAUAUGUUUAUCAUAAAUUUGUGUGAAUCUCAUAAUCAUUUGUUUGUACGUGUAUCUCUAAGAAGCUCUUGAUAUGGAUAUUGACCUGUAUAUUAUGCAUUAAUUGCAUCAGCUGAAAUGAUAAUAUCUAACUAUGUCAUUAUUUAUCAGUUUAUGGAGUUAUUGAUAAAAUGUUAAUCAAAUUAUAUUCCAUUCUAUUUCCUUUAAAAACCUUUUUCUACUAUUUAGAUUAUUUUCCAUAUCUUGUAGAAAUUAAGAUUAUUUCAAAGUUUGUUUAUGAUUUCAGAGGAGAGAAAAUGUUACUCUGCCUUUCAAAAGAUGUAUUGGUGCAUUUAUUAUUCAGUAAAGGCAACAGCUCCUUGUGAUAUUUCAAGUAGUAGGGAAAAUAGGGGGAGGGGGAAGCAGAGCAUAUGGGAGGUUUGAAUGUAACUCUAUGGUAAAAGAUGAAGUCAACUUUAACCCUAAUUCUCCCGGGGGGGGGGGGGCAUAAUGGCCCCCCUCGACAAUUUUCGCGAUAUAUCUGCUGCGCAAAAUUUUUUGACCUCGCCGCUCACUGACUUUUUACUUUCAAGUCUCGCGCAAAUUUUGAGACCAAAUUUGUGACGCCCGGGUACGCGGUUACGACAUUACGAAACAUUCCCCAAAAUUGCUCAUAAACGUGAUUUCAUGUACAAAUCCAAUGCAAAUUGUGUAUUUAGCCAAAAUUCAUAAAUGUAUCAUUAUUUCUACUUUUACUGAUUAAACUUAAUUAAUUUUGCCUUGUUUAUGAUCAGAAUUAAGUCUGGAACGAUUUCCAUCGAAAAAACAAUAAAAAAACAAAAAGUAAAAAACAAGGUAAAUACAUAAGAAAUAUAAAAAAAACAAUAAAAUACAUAAGAAAUCGGUCUUGGUACCAGAAUUUUUUUCAUUCACAAUUGUUAGGAAUGCUAUAAAGAAUAUUUUCACCAAAAAAUAGCAUUCUAGGAGCUUUAUUUAGUGAAUCAGAGCAAAAAGUAUGAUUUCAUGAAUAAAUUAGCAUAAUUAAUUCAUAUAAAAUAAAAAUAUAUGAAUUUAGUGAAAUUUACCAAUGCAACUGCGUAGAUUACGUCAUUCUCUACCAUCAUGCAAAUUUUUGUUGUGAUCGCGCAAUCCGCGGCUGAGAUCUUAAGGGGGGGCCAUAAUGGCCCUCCCCCCCCCCCCCCCCCCCGGGAAUGACAAGAAUCAAAAUACCCCGGGAGAUUUAGGGUUAAGUCAUCAUGCCCUAACCUUCCAUCAAAAUAUCCAGGCACUGCCCCUGUUUAUCUGUGUGGAUUCAAAAUCUGUUUACUAUUUUUAACAUUUUGAAUUUGUACUGUCAGUCUUGAAAGAUAAUUGUCACUUUUUUCUGUUUCUGCCUAUGAUUAAUCAUUUAUUGUUUGCUUAAAGUAAUUCUAUGUUCAUAAAAUAUCUUUAUGAUGGAUAGUACAAUUUGCAAGAAGUUUGAAUGUUUUGUUUAUCAAGAAGUAUGGUAUUUAUGCUACAACUUGAAAUAAUGAAUUUAUGUAAUUUGUAUGAAAGACUUAAUAUAUGAUGAAUAUAAUUGAUUAUUCCAUUCCUCUCUAUUCACAUGCAAUCAUAUACAAAGUUUGAUUGAUAUUGUUCAAAAGUGUACCCAUAUUUGCAAUGAUUAAAUCUUAUUGCUGGAUCAAGCAUUCC